AUGGAAACUCGAGCAAAUAAUCUUAAUUUGAUUGAAAAAGAAGAAGAGGUGCUUAUUCAGUAUAUUAUCGAUAUAGAUGAAAGAGGAUUUGCACCUAAAUUAAGUGGUGUAGAAGAUAUGGCGAAUUAUAUUCUCGAAUCAAGAGGUGCGAAGAGAGUUGGAAAGCUCUGGGCUCAUCGAUUCGUAAAGCGUUGUACAAAAUUAAAGACGCGUUUUAGUCGUGUUUAUGACUUUCAAAGAGCUCUCUGCGAAGAUCCCAAGCUUAUUGAAGAGUGGUUUGGAUUGGUAUCGAAUAUGCGGGCGAAAUACGGUAUUCAAGAUUGCGAUUUCUACAACUUCGACGAAACCGGCUUUAUGAUGGGACAAGUUCAUCUUUCCAAUUGGUAUACCGAAACCGAUUUUCCUGCGGAUUGGGCUAUUAAACCUACUUCUAAUGGAUGGACGAAUAAUGAGACAGGUUUAGAAUGGUUAAAGCACUUCGAUAAAUAUACUAGUCAACGAAGAAAGGGCAAAUAUCGAAUCUGUGCUUUCGAAAUUAGAUAUUCGAAUUCGCACACCUACCCCUCCAUCGAUCCUUUUGGAAUCUGCCAACUCUUGGGUCUCUCAAACACCUCAUAA